AUGAUUCAAAUCGAAGAAGAAAAAAUUAAAGCGUUUAAGGAGAAAGAAAAAGAAGUUGAGGAUGAAGAUGUCCUAUUUUUGAAAUCGCUAGCUCCAUAUUUUAAAUAUAUGAAUCCAGUACAAAAAUUAAGAUUAAAAAGUAAGAUACAGAAUACAAUAGCAGACGAAAUUGCUCUAGCUAUGCCAUCACCCCUUUCCAACUCUUCAUCUUCUAGGUCAAUGUCAAUCAUACCUUCACCAGCGCACGCAUCCUCAAUCGUGGCACCACCGACAAACACUCAGCAAUUCUACGAAUCAUUUAAUGUUGAAGAUGAUUCUUGA